GUGAGGCUCAUUUGUGCGUGCGUGCGCCUCUCUCUGUCUCUCUCUGCUUAUCAAUUCGCGGAGACUUUUCGACCUGUGAGAUUUGGCUGCUUGAUCGGAUUCGUGUUGGGCAUCUACGACAGGUCUAAACGGUUCUCUUUGUUCCUGGGAAACAGUCUCUCGCCACGACUCUUUUCAACGUCACUCAAUCCUCACGGGACGACAUCCAGACCUCAAUUUCAAAGAAAACCACCAGCAAGACACCAAAAAGAAGCUUUGCUCUGACCCGAGAAGCAGUCUCAUCAAUUCUAUCUUUUCCGAGAAUCAAUCAAGGAUUAAACCGCUCCUCAACAACCAGAACACACACACACACAUACAGAAUAAAGAUGGUGCAGUCACAAACGCCAGCCUCAACUGGCGUCGCAGGAGGACCGGCGACACGGACUACACAGCCCACCGCCGGCUCUCAAACGGAGACGCAGAGCCAAACGCAGCCGAUUCUGGUCCUGCGCGGCGAUAGGGGGCCGAGGAGCCAGGGCCCGCGGGUCCAGUGGGAUGAGAGCGUAGUGGACAAUGAAGGGAUGGGGAAGAAGUCGUCAAAAGUGUGCUGUAUCUACCAUGCUCCUACGGCUCCCGGCGAGUCCAGCGACGAGUCGGACUCAUCUUCAAGCUCCUCUUCCUCAGAUUCGGACUCGGACGCUGGGGAGGGCUCUUCCAGAAGGGCGGUGGAUGCGGAUCGGGUGGGCAAGGAAGGCCGGUCACAUGGAAGGGGUCGGAGGCCGCCAGGCGGUGGUGAUUCCAGAGGGAAGAGGAGGAAGCCCAGCCCGAAUGCCUACGAGAAGGUGCCAAAGCCGAAGCCCAGAGAUGGAGCCGGCGGCGGUGGGACGGUGUGAGGGCGACGGGCAGGGGGCCCAUAGUGCGAGGAGAAAUACGCGCAGCUCGAGACCUAUGGGAGAGCUACUACAAGCCGGGCUCUACGGACACAAGACAAAGGUCCUCGGUCGGGCUAAUGAUAGCAUUGAUGAUUCACGAAACGGCUGGGCACGACUAUCUGCAUUCAUCCAGGCGUUGGGAAAUGGAUACAUGGGUGCAUCUGGGUUACGCUGGACAAGGGAAUAAUCAAUCACCCAAGGCGUUGCAUUUCUUUUUUGCAGAACGCUGCGUUUCGACGGGACUGGACUGGUCGGUUUGACGAUGAUUGCUCACAGCUAUAGGCAGAGUUUACUAUGGAAGAUAGAGACACAAUUCACUUGUUGUCCUGG